CCACAGUCUGGCUGAAAAAUAAAUGGUUCAGACAGAGUAUAAGAAGCAAAGAUUUUGAGAUGUGGUUUAAUAUUAGGAACGAUUUAUUUUCUGUACACACAAGAAGUGGCGUGGAAACUUUGAAGCCUUGUUUGUUAUCAACACUUUGACAAGAAGUGACGUGGAAACUUUGAAGCCUUGUUUGUUAUCAACACUUUGAAAAGAAGUGACGUGAAACUUUGAAGCCUUGUUUGUUAUCAACACUUUGACAAGAAGUGGCGUGGAAACUUUGAAGCCUUGUUUGUUAUCAACACUUAGACAAGAAGUGGCGUGGAAACUUUGAAGCCUUGUUUAUUAUCAACACUUUGACAAGAAGUGACGUGGAAACUUUGAAGCCUCGUUUGUGAUCAGCACUUGGACAAUAAAUGGCGUGGAAACUUUGAAGCCUUGUUUGUUAUCAACACUUUGACAAGAAGUGGCGUGGAAACUUUAUGGCCUUGUUUGUUAUCAACACUUUGACAAGAAGUGGCGUGGAAACUUUGAAGCCUUGUUUGUUAUCAACACUUUUACAAGAAGUGGCGUGGAAACUUUAUGGCCUUGUUUGUUAUCAACACUUGGACAAGAAGUGGCGUGGAAACUUUAUGGCCUUGUUUGUUAUCAACACUUUCACAGGAAGUGACGUGGAAACUUUGAAGCCUUGUUUGUUAUCAACACUUUGACAAGAAGUGACGUGGAAACUUUGAAGCCUUGUUUGUUAUCAACACUUUGACAAGAAGUGGCGUGGAAACUUUGAAGCCUUGUUUGUUAUCAACACUUAGACAAGAAGUGGCGUGGAAACUUUGAAGCCUUGUUUGUUAUCAACACUUUGAAGCAUGCCUAUUCGGAGAAGGAUUCAGUCAGGAAAAAUGGCGGGUAUUAAUCGUAUAAACGAUCGAAGAAACAAAUCAUUCUAUUUUGUUUUGAUGUUUAUGCUUUUCUUUCUCAGUAUUCUGUUUACCGAAAUAUUUUUCGUUGAAGAGAAUGCCUCCAUGGAAUUUAGUUUUUUUGAAAGGCUGAGGUGGAAGAAAGAUACGAAUAAAGAGAUAGUGCUGCCCCCUCACGUGGCUAGAGAGCUUGCACAAGUCAUUACAGAAGAAGAUUUGGAUAUUAUUGUGAAUCUGUACUACGAUUCUCAACAGGACGAGGACGACGAAUUACUUGGGAGUAAAAAUGCUGAUCACUGGCAGUCCGUUAGGGGUACAAAAGAUAAAUUCUUUGUUUUCUCUGCUUAUUUAGAUGAUCGAAGAGUACGUCUGGUUCGGGUGAUUGCGGCUGCGCGAACACGAAACGCGAACAAAGUAAUGUGUAAGUUUUGGUUUGCAGGUGGUUAUCCUCCCGUAACCGUUCCCGCAUUCAACAAAUUAAUACAAGAAAACUGGAACUUGAAAUACAGUGCUUAUUUUGUGUUGUGUCCGUUAAGUAAGGGCCUUUCCACAUUGCCAGAAAGGGUGUCCAUAAUUAGUUCAGAAAACGCCGAAAUUACGAACUGGUUGGUCGUGCAUAACAAUAAAAAAGACUCAACUUCCUCUCAAGGAAUAGCAGUGUGUGUAAAGCCCAUGCAUUACAGUUACAACAAACUCUUAAACUUUAUCGAAUUUAUCGAAUUAAACAGAAUUUUUGGCGCUCAACAUUUCGUACUAUACAAUAAUACAAUCGGCCAUGACGUUGCGUGUGUUAUGCGACAAUAUAUGGCAAACGGAAUGAUGACCGUUCUUCCUUGGAAACUAGACUUGGUGUCCCAGAAAGAGAUCCGGACAGAGGGCUUGUUCGCUGCUCUAAACGACUGUUUGUACAGAACGAUGUAUAGGUUUCGGUUUGUCUUAAUGAUUGAUUUCGAUGAAUUCAUUGUUCCCCACAAGAGCGAAUCCCUUAUCGAAAUGCUGGGCUUUCUCAUCAAUAAAAAACCAGCGAAAACGGGUGCUUACUCAUUCCAAAACUCUUUUUUUUAUCUUCAGUGGCCAAAAGAUCCGAAGUCCAGCAGUUUGCCUCUACAUUUGGUAACACUAGAAAGAACUAUGAGGAAACUGAAGUUUCACCCUCACAAGCAGCGCUCCAAGUGCAUCGUGCUUCCAGAACGCGUGGUGGAAAUGGGCAACCAUUUUGUGUGGGAGUUCCUUCCGGGUCGUGCCAUGGUGGACAUUCCCUCGAGUAUUGGGUUUCUGCACCACUACCGUAUCUGUGAGUUCGGAGGAAACGACUGUAUCAACACGACCUCUGUGGUGGACCGCAGGAUUUAUCGUUGGAAGGACCAACUGGUCCAGGCAGUACAGACGCGUCUGAGGAACUGGGACUUUGUGUGUAAUUUCUCCGCCGUUUCGUCGGACAUAAACAUUAAUAUCUCUCACUGAAAGGAGUAAUUACAGUUUAAAAUACAUUGAUUUACAAUCAUUCACGGAAG